ACAAAAGGGCACUUUGGGCAUCAAGGGGAAAAGGGGCAGGUGCUCAAGCACCCAUCGCACCCCCCUCUGCACGUGCCUGAUUACACCUACUGUCCGUUACUUAAUUGAAUUGUCACAUGAAAAUUUAAUGGCAAAUUACUGCUCCUUCUCACUCGUGAACCAGAAAACAUUGUCACUAGUGCCCUUGUCUGGUUCUGACAACACUGAAAUGUGGCCCUUCCCUUGUUCUGUUUGAGUGGAUGAUAAAUCAAAGCCUCUCGUUUAACAUUCUGCAGCUCUUAAAAACUCUGACUGCCCCGUGACUGUUCAGUUACCACAGCAACUACAGCAUCCUAGGUGCAAUCCUUCUGCUGAAACUCAGAGCACCUGUACCAAACAUUAGUUUGCAGUUUCACAAUUCCCUCAUGACACACAUCAACCAUGAACGAAGUGGGCGUCUGAGAGUUGCACAGCAUUCUGUCUGAUUUCAUAGGAGACUGUUUAUUCAAUUAUAUAGCCUACAAUAAUUUACAAUAAGCAUUAUUUAGAUAGGAUGAACAAUUAAUUGAAUUAAUAAUAUAGUACUGCAGGAUCUUGCAGGAAUUUAAUGACUUCUUAUUGAGUUGCUGGUAUUAUAUUUUUCUUUGUAAUACACAAGAUCACGUAUGACUGGAAGGGACACAUGAGAUUUAUAAAAUAAGUCACAAAAUAUAUAGGGAAGACCAGGGUUAGUUUUCACACUUAUAUACUCUAUACUGUUUUAUGUAACUCGACACAUAGGCUAAAAAUCUUGGGCUGGAAGGCGACAAGCUGAAUAUGAAUAAAAAAAUUAAUAAAUGCACCGACAUCACAGAUCAGAAAAUUUCAUUAAAGUCUCAUUAAGGGUUCACAUUGGUCGUGACGUAAGCAACCCACAAACUCACGAGCUCAGACCCUGCGUGUCCCACCGCGAGCUCAAAACAGACGCAGCGCGCGCUCCGAGCUGCAGCACGAGAAACUGAGCUCCUCUCUGCUGCUUAAGACUGCAAAGACAAGAGCCGUUCCGGAUAACAUUAAGAGCAGAAAACAUCUGUGUGCAUCAUGAAGUUUGCGGCUUUAGUCUGCUUGGUUGUUUUCUUCGCUGCAGAUGGAGAGUCCAUGCCAGUCGAGCAGGACAGCCAAAGAGAGGACCUGCUUACCCAGUGUUUAGUUCACAUCCUUUCAAAGGCACUGUAUAAGACCGAUGAUACUCCGCUGCAUCCAGAAUGCAAAAACAUCCUUACACCAGGAUCAGGUCAUUCAUCAGUUGUGAAAAAGGAGGAAGACACUCUAGAACCAGUUCAAGAGGAGCUUAAAAAGCCAAGAGGAGAGUCUAAAGUCAAGGAGGAGGAACUCAUUGAGGAUCUUCUCAAAGCUAACAAACGGGAGGAGCUGGAUGACGAACGUAGCCAGGAAGAGUUCCCAAGUUUUAUGAAACGAAGAAUCUACGAAAAACGUGAUGAACUGGAUGAUGAACGAAGCCAGGAAGAGUUCCCAAGUUUUAUGAAAAGAAGAAUCAAAGAAAAACGUGAUGAACUGGAUGAUGAACGAAGCCAGGAAGAGUUCCCAAGUUUUAUGAAAAGAAGAAUCAAAGAAAAACGUGAUGAACUGGAUGAUGAACGAAGCCAGGAAGAGUUCCCAAGUUUUAUGAAAAGAAGAAUCAAAGAAAAACGCGACGAACUGGAUGAUGAACGAAGCCAGGAAGAGUUCCCAAGUUUUAUGAAAAGAAGAAUCAAAGAAAAACGUGAUGAACUGGAUGAUGAACGAAGCCAGGAAGAGUUCCCAAGUUUUAUGAAAAGAAGAAUGAAAGAAAAACGUGAUGAACUGGAUGAUGAACGGAGCCAGGAAGAGUUCCCAAGUUUUAUGAAAAGAAGAAUCAAAGAAAAACGUGAUGAACUGGAUGAUGAACGAAGCCAGGAAGAGUUCCCAAGUUUUAUGAAAAGAAGAAUCAAAGAAAAACGUGAUGAACUGGAUCAUGAACGGAGCCAGGAAGAGUUCCCAAGUUUCUAUAAAAGAGGCAACAAGCAUAAAAGGGAAGAUCCCGACGAUGAGAGAAGCCAAGAGGAAUUUCCCCAGAAAAGACAUUUUUCUGUCCUUUACAAGCGUGAUAAUCCCGAUGAGGAGCGCAGCCAGGAGGAAUUCCCUCUAUAUGAAUAUAAAAGGAGUCAUCUUCUGACCAGCAGAGAAAAACGUGAAGAGCCGGACUAUGAUAGAAGCCAAGAAUUUUUCCCAAGUUACACCCACAAAAGAAACCAUGGGGAUGGAGAAGAAGAGGAUGAGGAGAGUGAGGAAAGAGAGAAGCGGAUCUGGAAACCAUCACAUAGAUACCAUCACAAGAAAAAGCACCACAAACGCAGUGAGAAUGAGGAUUUUGAAGAACCAGACUAUGACAGAAGUCAAGAAGACUUCCCAAGCUUCAGCCAAAAAAGGAGCCAUGGGAAUGGCAGGCACUACAAACCAAAUGAAGACCUGCUGAACAAGCAUAUUAAUGAGGACUUAAACUCGCGGGAAGAGAGGUCUGAAGAAUCAGAAGAGGUAGACGAGGGUACCGCAAAGCGAUACGGGAAACCCACCCAUAGAUACCACCAUAAGAAGCACCAAAAACGGGACUCAUCUGAAGAGGAUUAUGAGGAAAGACCCCUGGAAAAAAGGUAUGGGGACUCAGAGGAAAGUGAGGAAAUGGAUAAAAGGAUCUGGAUGCCUACACACAGAUAUCACCAUAAGAAGCUUCAUCACAAGCGUGGCGACUCAACAGAGCUCAAGGAUGAAGAUGAACCCAUCUCAGAGAAGACUCACAGUCUCCAUGACUCAACAGACAAUGCCCUCAAGCGCCAUUCACCUGAAGAGGAAGAGGAGAUUGUUUAUGAGCUUAAUGAAAAGAGGCAUCACUUAACCAGCCAAGAGGAGGAAGAUGAGCUGAAGAAAGGACACCAGAUUUCUGCAGAGGAGAAGCAGGACAGGGAGGCUGCGUUGAGGUACCUAACAAAAAAGAAGAAUGAGUUACAGGAACGUCUACUUAACAAAGGUGACAUCUAUGAGAAGCGUUCCCCAUGGAUUUACAGAGGAUACUACCAUCCAGCCUGGUACAAGAGAGGCCAUAAGGUGGAUGAAAGUACUGACCAGCACCCCUACCAUAAACUAGAGGACUUUGCUGACACUCUCCGGUACAAAAGAGGCCUGCUUACUCAGGAGGAGUCACCCGAGGAGGAAAAGGGUGUCCCCCAACAGAAGCUUAUCACACCAGAGGAGUUAAAAGAACUUGAGAAACUGGCCUCUGUGGAUCAACAGAUGAAAGAGACAACUUAACCAUUCCUAGAACCAUCUGAGCCAUCAUUUUCUUGCGCUGCCUGAUUUGAUUUUCCAUGAGCUUUGUGUGUGCUUUGGCUGCUUUAGAUGAAUUCAUUACUAUAUGUCGUACCUGAUUACAACUGCAUUAGAAUAUUGUUAUUGGUGUAAGUCCGUGUUUAAUAUGAGAGUCUGAGAAACAAAAUGGUCUAUAAAAGGCUAAAUAAGCUUGAUAAUACCAUGUGAAUCAUUUCUCUCUUUAUUACAUCCUAAAAUAUUCUAAAAAAAAAA